GUCAUGUCAACAUCAACAAGCUUUCUGGUGCUGUUUGUUGCGAAAGCUUCAACUUUAUAAAAUUCAAUAGUGUCAGCAAGUACACACUAACUUUCAAUGAAAAUUGUAAAUAUGUGGCUGCUGUUGUAUAUCUUCUAUAUUUGUAUAUCAUUUAAAAGCAUAAUAUCAAUAGGACUUGAUAAACUGAAUGUGCCGCCGGAACAUGUAACAUAUGUUUUCAAUGCUUUCCCUAGUUUAGCUAAAGCUUGUUUAGCAGAACCAAAAUGUAUAUACAAAGAGUUAACUGGGCUUAAGAGAUGUUGGGGCUAUGAACGAGAGUGUAAUAGAGAUGAUUCAUACCCGGUACGACCUGUCUGUCCUGGUGAUCAUCGAGGCUGGGUAAAGACCAAAGAGGCGCAGUAUGAUACAUUCUACACUCAAGCAGAUUUUGGUUACGUUAAGGAACAGAUAGAUGAUCUAAUGGUCAUGUGUGAAGCAACUUACCCAGACGACACUUCACUAGAAUGUUCCAAAUAUUUGAGAUUUUGUAGAGGUCGGAACAUGAUGCUCAAUUUUACUGGUCUUGUUGGCAGAGGGGACAACUUGCGAUACAAAAUGGAUAUUCUUGGGCCUGGUCAAAUAGGUGGUUUCUGCAAUUUUUACUCUGAGCGGCUUAUGAAAGAAGCAGAACAUAUGAGUGCCCUACAAUCAUGGUCACCUGAACUUGUGCAUUUUGUUAAAACUCCUAAAAAACCCAUAGCUGAUGGAGUGUGUGAUGUAGUUAUAAAUAAACCAACAUACAUUAUGAAAUUAGAUGCAACUGUAAACAUGUACCACCAUUUCUGUGAUUUUUUCAACUUGUAUGCAUCUCUGCAUGUGAACUCAACUCAUCCUUCUACAUUUUCUAAAGACAAUCACAUAUUGAUUUGGGAAACAUUCACUUACGAGUCGGCAUUUAAAGACACAUUUAAAGCUUUCACUGAUAAUCCCAUCUGGGAUUUAAAAACAUUCAGGGGCAAAGUAGUAUGUUUCAAAAAUGCUGUGUUGCCUCUACUGCCUAGAAUGAUUUUUGGACUUUACUACAAUACUCCCUUGAUAUAUGGCUGUGAAAGGAGUGGCUUAUUCCAUGCAUUCUCAAAACAUAUCAUCCAUUCCUUAAACAUAAAACUGCAUCCUCGCACCAAUGACAAGGUUAGAGUGACUCUAUUGUCAAGAGGUACAACAUACCGCUCGAUAUUGAACGAGAAGGCGAUCAUAGACGCCUUGAGUAAAGUGGAGGGGUAUGAAGUGAAGAGGGUGGUGUACGACAAAACUGUGCCAUUUCUGAAGCAGUUGGAAAUAACUCAUAACACAGACGUGUUUGUUGGCAUGCACGGCGCCGGUUUGACGCAUCUCCUCUUCCUGCCUGAUUGGGCGGCCGUAUUCGAAGUGUACAAUUGCGAGGAUCCUAACUGCUACUUGGACCUAACCAGACUUCGUGGACUUAAAUACGUAACGUGGGAAGAUAAAACUAAAUUGGUGCAACAAGAUGAGGGUCACGGGCCUGGAGGCGGUUCUCAUGCUAAAUUCACCAAUUAUUCUUUUGACGUGCGUGAGUUUUUGAGAUUGGUGGAGAAAUGUGCCGAGUAUGUACGUCAACAAAAAGCCUUUAACGCUUUCCUCGAAGCUUCCGGAGUACGAAAAUCUCACGAAGAGUUGUAAGCCAGUCAAUCUUUGUUUCCUAACUUGUGAUAUAAUUUUUAUUUUACUUUGUUCAAUGAAACAUUUCAUCUAUUAGAGAAAUUAAGUAUUUUCUAUGCUUUUUACAAGAAUUUUUGUACUGCGUGAUAUUAUUUUUGUUGCAAGUAUUAUUAUAUUAUGUUAUAUAUUAGUGCAAUUAUGAAACGUAGUACUAAAAGCUCAUUGAGUUAAAGUUCAAAGCGCAAGAGUUCAAAGAGUUAUGUAAAAGUUCAAAAGCUUGUUGAGUUAGUUCGCCGUAAUGUCACGAGAUGCCGCUUGUUGUAUCAACUUGCUAAGAUGUAAGGUCAGCGUUAAAAGUAGUUGAACAAAUCAAUAUUUUUAGAAAUGCCUAAUAACGACUCUUUGGUCAUAAUUUCUUAAAAAUAAUAUAAUUUUUAAUUAUAUGCAGUUAGGUCAUGCCUUAUAUUGUUAAUCCCGUCGAGAUCCUAAAUUCCUAAA